ACUUUUUUUAUUCACUAUCAUACCAAAAAAUGGAGUUUCAAAGAAAACAUAUCUUUUUUCUAUUAGCUGUGGCAAUUUUUUCUCUUGAUCAGAAUGCGGCGGAUGAAAGAAGAACUAGUAGUAGACAUUUUGAUGAUGAUAUCUGUACUUUCUACGAUUACACCAAGGCAAUUGAUGAGUUGCUCUUCACAGAAACCUCAAAGCCUUUAGUAAUAAUUAUUGCUGAUAAUAUGAUUAAAGGCAUUCAAAAAGCUAAGGAUCUAACUCAGGAUACAAGAAUAAAUAACAGAGAAAGUAGAGAUAAUCAUCAGAACUCUCAGUUAUUUGACAAAAUAUUGGAGAAAAUUCAUCUGUAUGAAUCAAAAGACAUUUCCUACUUUGUCUAUCCUGUAAACAUGAGAAAUGAUUUAUUGACAACAUACUGUCAACGGAAACUUAUAAAUGAUAGUUUUGUUGUAAUGUUUCAUUUUCUUAAUUCGAAGAAUGAGUUUCCUUUUGAGGAGGAAAUUUUUAUUCCACUAAAACCACACUCAAUGUGCACGAAACAAUGUACUUUUAUCGAAUAUGUAGAAGAAAAAAUGCAGAUUGGUAAAACAUUCUUUGAAUUAUUCGAAUUACGAAAAAAAUUGUUUAGCGAAGCGGCAAGAGAGAACUUUCUCAUUUCUAAAUCCGAUAAAAUUGAUAACUCUCUGUUUUAUCAAAAGUUAAAUUCUCAGAACGUAAGUUCUAUGAUUUACUUUAACAUGUUAUUGGAAGAAAUUCGAAAUUCUUCCAUUAAUUUGAAAGAUAUGGUUGAAAGUACUUUUGUCGAAAAAAGCAUUAAUUGUUUUAAAUCGAGAUGUUUAGGAAAUAAAGAGUUUAAUUUCUUGAAAGAUUCAGGAAUACAUGUACGGAAUGUGUUAACUUUUACUGAUUAUUUAACUUUGCUAAACAGUACGAUAUUUUCGUUAGAUAGCAGCGAUGCAUCAUUCGGAAAUCUUUGCAACAUGAUUCAUUAUUCGGAAGUAAUUAAAUUAUUUUGCUUCAUAAAGAAUUUAUCUGACGCUACAUCCCUGAACAUAGAAGCGUGGAUAAGUAAUUUAAAACUAUUUGUGUCAAAUUCAUUGAUGAGCCAACUAUCAUGGUUCAACAGAUUGGUAGCUUUGUAUAGAAAUCAAUAUUAUUUGGAUGCAAAUACGUCUGAAAGGGAGAAGAGCAAACUUAGUAUGGAAAUAGAAUAUAUGGAUAAAGAUUUUAGACAAUGGAUGAAGUUUGCCUUGUCUUCUAUAAAUUACGUAAUGAGAGGAAAAAAACUUGAACAGCUGUAUGAAACAUUUGAAGAUAUUACUAUAUUUUACGAGUAUUGGGAAACAAUUGAUGAAUUGCUUUUUGACGUAAAAAUCGACAAAUUAGUAAUAAUCUUAACUGAUGAUGUUGCAAAAGGAAUUCAAGUUCUCGAGAAAAUGACCAACAAUGAAAGGGUAAAACCGAAAAAAAAUCGAGGUGAUCUACAUUAUACAAAACAGUUCCUGUACGAUAUAAUAGUGGCGAAUUUUUAUUUGUUUCAAUCCAAUGAUACUUAUUACUACGUCUACCCCACUCAACUGCAAAACGAUAUGUUGAUGUUUUACCUCCAUUUUAUGAUAUUUAAAGAUUAUUCUAAAACCACAUUCCAUGUCGUUAAAUUUGAAAAAAGUUUCACUCUUUUAGGAGAUAAUCAGUUCAGUUUUACUGACAUUGUGAUUCCAGCGAUACCAAAUCCAAAUUGUGGGAUAAAUUAUAGUAUCUUAACAGUUUUAAUCGAUUAUAGUUUAGUACAUUCAUUAUUUUAUUUUCAAAAUUCAUAUACUUUUAGAAAAUAUGCCACUGAGGAUAGAAAUUUGUCGUUAUUGUUAAAAUUCCACAAUUCAUGUGAGGAAAAAACCUAUUUUAUGGAAACUAAAAUGCAAAUUUUUAACGCCUUAAAAUUUCAAAGACCAGCGAUUCUUUAUGAUUAUGCCAUGAAUCAUAUAGCAUAUUUCAAAAAUGUGAAUUUACGGAGAAAAAAUGAAAUAUUCCUCAAUAUGAAUAAACUUGAUGAUGUUUUCAACCUAUCCAAAAUAAUAAAAUCUGCUUAUAAGAAUCUAAAAUCACUGAAUGGCAAUAAUAAUUUAAAAGACCUUUGCAGUUUUAAAGAAAAUUUCAAACUUCUUAAAUUAUUUUGCUUUUUAAAAAAUAAUUUGCUCAGUGUCUUCGAAGCGAAAAAUUCCGAGAAAUUUGUGCCGAUAAAAACACUAAUUCAAAAACUGGAGAAUGUUAUCACUGCAUUCUUGAAAAAUUCAAAUGAGUGGUUAAAUAAAUUGCUGUCAAUUUAUUACAAUGUUUACGAUUGGGAUAAAGUUGUGAUUCUAAGGGAAUUUCAAACUCUGUACAAAGAGAUAGCAUACAUUACGAAAAGAAAUAAGAAAUUAUUUAAGAGAAUUCUUCAUCUUGUUGAAGAGAAGACAAUGUCUCUGAAAAGUAUUUCAUGUCCAUGUUCAUGUUUAUUGUUGGGUGGCGAAGAAUAUAAAUUGCAAGUUACAACGGAUAUUAUACAUUUUAAUGAAUUCUUCAAAAAAAACUUUUGUCCUGGACCUAUAAAAAUUUAUGAAUUUUUUGCUCUUGAUAAAAUUAUAUUUGAUAAAAACUUAAAAGCGGGUCAUAAGGAAAUGAACAUUAAUAUAAUUGCACCAAUUUGGGAAAUAACAUCAAAAGUAAAAAUAGAUUUGAGUAGUGUCAAUAUAAAAGAGGGGAAUUCUAAUUCAACUGUAACAUCGGGAGGGAACUUUUUUGGAAUCUACAAAACAUUAGAAAUGACCACUAACGAUCAAUUAAAAAUUGAUGUUUCGAGUGGAUAUGCAAGAAAUGGAAAAGGACUAUUACUAUCAUUUAACAACAGUGUCUCAAUCAAAUUUGAGGGAACAUUACGAAUAAAAUCUUUUAAUAAUUAUUACAAUCAAUCACGAAGAGAAAUUUCUUAUCACAUCUCCGACGUAGUUAAAGAAUAUAAAAAGUUUCUAUUGUCAUCAAUGUUAAAGUACAAUAAUAGUGACUAUAAAUUUUUGUACACAAAUCUCAGUAAGAACAAUGAAAUAUUAAGUGACUAUACAACGUUUGAUAUUAUUAACGAACUACUCGAUUUGGAGUAUUUCUAUUUACAAGAUACUAACAAAUUAGAUUCGCUGUUUAUUUUAAAUGUUUAUCAAAGUGGAAUUAUUCAUAAAAUAAUGGACGAGAGAAAGGGUAUCCAAUCAAUGAAUAAUGGCGAUCAAACAAUUCAACAUUUAAAUACAUUUUACACCAGAAAAAUUAAGAAUUUAGAAGAAAACUUUUACAAGAAACCCAUUUUUCACAUUAAUGAUUACUUGAAAUAUAUUUUAUCGGACGUAAACAGUAUAAAAAAUCUGAAAAUUUUGAAUAGAUUUCAAAUAAUUGUUAACAAUUACACUAAGGAAUUUAAAAAAGAAAUUAUCGAAGCAGACAAGAAAAUUAGUGAACUUGCAGUUUACGUAGACGAUAAAAUAAAAGAAUUAAAUCAUAAAACUGAAAAAAUAAAAUCAGAAAUUGAUAGUUUGCAUAAAGAAAAGGUAAAUGAAGCCCAACAGUUAAUCAAUAAAGAAACUCAACUAAGAAAGAAUAAAUUGUAUAAAACAAUAUUUGAUGUUUCAAAAUUUUUGUGUAUAGGACUGGGACUUAUAAAUCCCUUUUUUGGUGUGGCUGGUGCAAUAAUUCUAACUGGUGCCAGUGUAUUAGAAUCAAAAUUAAUUACCUCUUCUGAUGAUAUUAUGCAUGUGAAUAUACCAACAGUAGUUCGUGAUAAAUUGCCAAAAACCAAUGACUUUGAUGAUCAGUCGCAACAAAAUUUUUUAAAAGUUUCACUUCCAGCAUCUUGUUCGAAAAAUUUUAAAGAUCACAUCAAAGCUUACGACGAUUUGAAAAAACAACCAACAGCUGCUGUCGAAAGUAUACACAGAGAAUUAAAUAAAGACAAUACAAAGAUAAUAGUGGAGAAAAUUAAAGAAUCACAAGUUAUGUGUUCGACGAAAAGCAAACCAGGUAAAUGUGAAAAUGAUUUGAUUAAAAAACAUAAAGAUGAAUUGAAUUUGAAGGGUUCUUACAAUCAGCAGAGACAUAGCGAAAAAAUAAGAACUUUCAAUAAAGUUGCUUCAUUUGCCGAGAAUAUUCAAUCGGGACUUGAUGUUUACAACAACAUUAGAAAAAGUGAUUUGGAAUUAAAUCAAAUAUCAAAUGACUUUGUUGAAGUUGAUCAAGAUUUAGAUAACUUGAUGAAAUUUAAUCAACAGGUUGACAGAACUUUAAAACCAGAAUUAGAAAAAUUGCGAAGUAUUCUCUAUGGUUUUACCGAAGGUUUUGUCAAUGCAACGACAAGCACUUUUCUCCAAUUUCAAAAAUGGAACAUUGACACUAUAUUGACGAAAUAUUUCCAAAAGUUAAAAACUUGGGUUAAAGAUCUAAAGGUUGAGGAUGAAUUCACAGAAAUAUUGGACAAUUUACAUAGAGCUAUACAAACGAGUAUUAAAUUUCACACUCUUGUUAGAGAUUUUAGGUCAAAAAUUAACAAUGCAAACUAUGUGAAAGACCUUGCUGCUGCUCCAUUUUAUGAAAUAUUCACAAACGAUCCUUCUGUACGAGCAGCUUAUGACAAAUUGAGUUAUUUUUAUUAUUCAAAUCAGAUAAUUGACGAAUACAACAAAUGGAUAAUUUCCUUCAAGCAGUACACAUUUCCCUACAUGAGUCAUUAUCCCGAAAUAAAAGAAAUCUAUUUUCUGGAUACCAAUUCCCCUGUGAUAAGAGCGAACAGCAUAAUCCAAUCCAUGAAAUCAGUAAAUAAACAUUUGAAUAAAUUAAAAGCUGAAGGAUAUUCAUCAUUUAUUGAUUUUAGAAAUGGGGACUUUGGAAAUAGAGUGAGACAUCCUGCUUUUUAUGAAUGGAACAGCAACAGAGAUUACUCAGCUAUUAAAAAUAUUCUUGAUGGUAAACAAGUGAAAUUGUUUGCAAAUAUUUCUCAUUUUGAUAAAUAUAAUGCAGUGAAAUUUCGGGAUAUUAAUCUUUUGAUUAGUUCAAAUAAUCAUGAGGAUGAGGAAUUGAGAAAUGAUUUGAGAAAUGUUUCCUUGAUGCUGACACAUAAUGGAGAUAGUUAUUAUAGGUGUGAUGAUAAAAUUCAUUUAAUCCAAUCGGGUGUUCUGCAGCUAAACUUUGAUACAAUAUAUUCUAAAGCGGAUCAAUUUAUCGAUGGUGAGAAAAAUGAUUAUGUUCUGAGUCCCUUUGCUACGUGGACUGUGCAGCUUACGAAUAUUAUGGAAAACGAAGAAUUUCAGUCAUUGGCAAAAUAUGCUGGACAUGUUAAUGUAAAAUUGGUUGGGAAUGGCAAAUACUUGAGAUUGCAUAAAAAUGUUUGUCAAGACGAUUUGAGGGUUUAUUAUGGGGAUCAACAUUUUUAUUUAUAUUCGAUUUUAGAAAAAUGUCCCAUUAACUUUGAGAAACUCACAAAUUCUAUUAAUUCAGCGCCAACUGAAGAUGGAUCGUCGUCAAGUAGUAAUGGUGGUGACAUGACUACAAGUUCAGCUGGUAAUGGCAACGAUGGAUCUACUACUAACUCGGGAGAUGGUAGUUCCAGUAGAAAUAGUAGUCCAAGUUCAGGUAGUGGGGACAACGAUGGAUCGACCACUAGCUCCGGAGGCUCUGAUGGAAACAGCACACCAAAUUCUAGUAGUGGCGACAAUAAUGGAUCGACCCCCAAUUCUGGAGACUCUGAUGGAGAUAGUACUCCAAGUUCUGGUGGUGGCGAUAAUAAUGGAUCGACCCCUAAUUCUGGAGGCUCUGAUGGAAAUAGCACUCCCAGUUCUGGUAGUGAUGACGAUAAUGGAUCGACCCCCAAUUCUGGAGGCUCUGAUGGAAAUAGCACUCCCAGUUCUGGUAGUGAUGACGAUAAUGGAUCGACCCCUAAUUCUGGAGGCUCUGAUGGAGAUAGUACUCCAAGUUCUGGUGGUGGCGAUAAUAAUGGAUCGACCCCUAAUUCUGGAGGCUCUGAUGGAAAUAACACUCCCAGUUCUGGUAUUGAUGACGAUAAUGGAUCGACCCCCAAUUCUGGAGGCUCUGAUAGAAAUAGCACUCCCAGUUCUGGUAGUGUUGACGAUAAUGGAUCGACCCCCCCUUCCGGAGGCUCUGAUGGAAACAGCACACCAAAUUCAGGUAGUGGUGACAAUAAUGGAUCGACCCCCAAUUCUGGAGGCUCUGAUGGAAAUAGCACUCCCAGUUCUGGUAGUGAUGACGAUAAUGGAUCGACCCCUAAUUCUGGAGGCUCUGAUGGAGAUAGUACUCCAAGUUCUGGUGGUGGCGAUAAUAAUGGAUCGACCCCUGGCUCCGGAGGUUCUAGUGGAAACACUACUCCAAGUUCGGGUACCGGCGAUGGAUCAACGCCAAGUUCAGGAGGAGGUGGGACCACCCCGGAUAAUAAAGGAAGCAGCACAUCAAAACCCGAACUGCGUAGUGUAAUAAUGAUAUAUUUCAUUUUAUUGUGCACAAUAUCUGUGCAAUCGGUGCUUUCGUACCAGAUUCAGGAAUCUGGGAUAUUCGAUAAAUUAUAUGAUGCUUCUCCAAUUGUCAGGAAGGGCAGACAAAAAUUGCCUGACGCCGGAGUUUCUAACGGCAACAAAACAGCAAAUUCAGGUAGUGGCAAUAACGAAGCAUCGACGCCUGUCAAAGAAAUUCCUAACGAAAACAACACAAUAACUUCAGGUAAUGGCAACAACGAAGCAUCUACCCCUGUCUCCGGAGGUUCAAACGGAAGCGGCACAACAACUUUAAGAAGUGUAGUCAACGAUGAAUCGAACAUUGACUCCGGAGUUACUAACGGAAGCAGCAGAACAACUUUAAGAAGUGUAGUCAACGAAGCAUUGAUCCCUGUCAAAGAAAUUUCUAACGGAAACAACACAGCAACUUCAGAUAGUGGCAACAACGAAGCAUCUACCCCUGUCUCCGGAUUUACUAACGGAAGCAGCACAACAACUUUAAGAAGUGUAGACAACGAUGAAUCGAACGUUGACUCCGGAGUUACUAACGGAAGCAGCACAACAACUUUGAAAAGUAUAGUCAACGAUGAAUCGAACGUUGACUCCGGAGUUACUAACGGAAGCAGCACAACAACUUUAAGAAGUGUAGACAACGAAGCAUUGACCCCCGUCAAAGAAAUUUCUAACGUAAACAACACAGCAAUUUCAGGUAGUGGCAACACCGAAGCAUCGACCCCCGUCAAAGAAAUUACUAACGGAAACAACACAGUAACGUCAGGUAGUGCCAACAACGGAGCAUCGACCCCUGUCUCAGGAAUUUCUAACGGAAGCAGCACAACAACUUUAAGAAGUGUAGUCAACGAUGAAUCGAACGUUUCCUCCGGAGUUACUAACGGAAGCAGCACAACAACUUUAAGAAGUGUAGACAACGAUGAAUCGAACAUUGCCUCGGGAGUUACUAACGGAAGCAGCACAACAACUUUAAGAAGUGUAGUCAACGAUGAAUCGAACGUUUCCUCCGGAGUUACUAACGGAAGCAGCACAACAACUUUAAGAAGUGUAGCCAACGAUGAAUCGAACAUUGCCUCGGGAGUUACUAACGGAAGCAGCACAACAACUUUAAGAAGUGUAGUCAACGAUGAAUCGAACGUUUCCUCCGGAGUUACUAACGGAAGCAGCACAACAACUUUAAGAAGUGUAGACAACGAUGAAUCUAACAUUGAUUCCGGAGUAACUAACGGAAGCAGCACAACAACUUUAAGAAGUGUAGACAACGAAGCAUUGACCCCUGUCAAAGAAAUUUCUGACGUAAACAACACAGCAACUUCAGAUAGCGGCAACAACGAAACAUCUACCCCUGUCUCCCGAUUUACUAACGGAAGCAGCACAACAACUUUAAGAAGUGUAGACAACGAAGCAUUGACCCCUGUCAAAGAAAUUUCUGACGUAAACAACACAGCAACUUCAGAUAGCGGCAACAACGAAACAUCUACCCCUGUCUCCCGAUUUACUAACGGAAGCAGCACAACAACUUUAAGAAGUGUAGACAACGAAGCAUUGACCCCUGUCAAAGAAAUUUCUGACGUAAACAACACAGCAACUUCAGAUAGCGGCAACAACGAAACAUCUACCCCUGUCUCCCGAUUUACUAACGGAAGCAGCACAACAACUUUAAGAAGUGUAGACAACGAUGAAUCGAACAUUGACUCCGGAGUUACUAACGGAAGCAGCACAACAACUUUAAGAAGUGUAGACAACGAAGCAUUGACCCCUGUCAAAGAAAUUUCUGACGUAAACAACACAGCAACUUCAGAUAGCGGCAACAACGAAGCAUCUACCCCUGUCUCCCGAUUUACUAACGGAAGCAGCACAACAACUUUAAGAAGUGUAGACAACGAUGAAUCGAACAUUGACUCCGGAGUUACUAACGGAAGCAGCACAACAACUUUAAGAAGUGUAGACAACGAAGCAUUGACCCCUGUCAAAGAAAUUUCUGACGUAAACAACACAGCAACUUCAGAUAGCGGCAACAACGAAGCAUCUACCCCUGUCUCCCGAUUUACUAACGGAAGCAGCACAACAACUUUAAGAAGUGUAGACAACGAAGCAUUGACCCCUGUCAAAGAAAUUUCUGACGUAAACAACACAGCAACUUCAGAUAGCGGCAACAACGAAACAUCUACCCCUGUCUCCCGAUUUACUAACGGAAGCAGCACAACAACUUUAAGAAGUGUAGACAACGAAGCAUUGACCCCUGUCAAAGAAAUUUCUGACGUAAACAACACAGCAACUUCAGAUAGCGGCAACAACGAAACAUCUACCCCUGUCUCCCGAUUUACUAACGGAAGCAGCACAACAACUUUAAGAAGUGUAGACAACGAUGAAUCGAACAUUGACUCCGGAGUUACUAACGGAAGCAGCACAACAACUUUAAGAAGUGUAGACAACGAAGCAUUGACCCCUGUCAAAGAAAUUUCUGACGUAAACAACACAGCAACUUCAGAUAGCGGCAACAACGAAGCAUCUACCCCUGUCUCCCGAUUUACUAACGGAAGCAGCACAACAACUUUAAGAAGUGUAGACAACGAUGAAUCGAACAUUGACUCCGGAGUUACUAACGGAAGCAGCACAACAACUUUAAGAAGUGUAGACAACGAAGCAUUGACCCCUGUCAAAGAAAUUUCUGACGUAAACAACACAGCAACUUCAGAUAGCGGCAACAACGAAGCAUCUACCCCUGUCUCCCGAUUUACUAACGGAAGCAGCACAACAACUUUAAGAAGUGUAGACAACGAUGAAUCGAACAUUGACUCCGGAGUUACUAACGGAAGCAGCACAACAACUUUAAGAAGUGUAGACAACGAUGAAUCGAACAUUGACUCCGGAGUUACUAACGGAAGCAGCACAACAACUUUAAGAAGUGUAGACAACGAAGCAUUGACCCCUGUCAAAGAAAUUUCUGACGUAAACAACACAGCAACUUCAGAUAGCGGCAACAACGAAGCAUCUACCCCUGUCUCCCGAUUUACUAACGGAAGCAGCACAACAACUUUAAGAAGUGUAGACAACGAUGAAUCGAACAUUGACUCCGGAGUUACUAACGGAAGCAGCACAACAACUUUAAGAAGUGUAGACAACGAUGAAUCGAACAUUGACUCCGGAGUUACUAACGGAAGCAGCACAACAACUUUAAGAAGUGUCAUCAACGAUGCAACAACCCAAAGUUUAGGAGUACGUGUAUCGACCCCUGUUACUAUUAGAAGCAUCACUUCAAGACCCAGUAAUGGAGAAUAUAGUUCGAAUAAUAAAUGCAUCUUCGGUCUCCACUGCUACAUUAAAUCAAAGUUUAGAAACUACAAUUGUCGAAAUGUUCGCAGACUACUUAAAAUUAAGUUCUUGACAUUUAGAACGGAUGCCCGUAUGUAUUCCUGGUAUGUGGAUAAUUGCUGAUAAAUCAAUUUAUACAUAUGUGAUCAUCUAAUAAAAUCGCCAAUCUACCAAUUCUCCCUAAGUGUUGUAACGUUGAUUUUAAAUAAUCAUAUUAUAAAAACCGAAUUGAGUUUUCGCCGAAACUUAUUCAGUUAAUUCUUAAUUAAUUAUUAUAAAUUAAUUGCGGUAGCCAGAAUCGAAUUCAACAUUUUAUUUUAUUAGUAUAUUUCUGAAUUGCAUAGAAUCAAUAUAAUACCGAAAUAUUGACUUGUAUAAAAUCAUAUUGUUUAGCUCAAGAGAAUUCCACACGUUCUGGUUGAUUAUAAAACACAAUGUUAUUUAUUAUUAUUUAAUUAUCAACCGACCGAAAAUGUGUCAGCAAUUAAUGAAUUAUCGGAAGAUUGUCGAAGGCUAAAGCGUUCGGAGAAGUUAUGCACAGCUUGCAAACGAAAAUUGUGAAUAGUGUCUCGAUUUGUUAAAUUUCAACAAAUUAUAAUUUUGCGAGAUUAGUUUCUUUAGCUUACAGUAUAAAUUUACUGUGAAAAUAAAAUUACGAAGUUAGGUAUUUUUUUGUUGCUGUAAUAUUCAUAAGAUUACUUUCUAUGCGGA